AUGUUUAGAGCGCAAGAAUGCCGUCCUACUCUGAUUGCAAAAUUCGAAUGUUGCCCCCAGGACCAGGUGGCUUUACUGGAUGACCUCGUGCUUGCGACCCUUCAUGUGACGUACGUGCCAACAAGUGGUAGCGGUGGUAGGCCGUUUACUUUCAACACGGCAGGGUUGACCGUCGAGCUCUGGGUUUGGCGGGAUCGGUGGGUCAAUCUGGAAGGGUUCGUCUGCGGUGGAGGAUGGGCAUUCGUUGAUUACCCUGACAUGCAGGUCUCGCCAGGCCGUGAUAAUGGCUUUGCCAGUCUGCGUCCAGGAGAAACGUGGUCCGAGGUCUUGCAACUUCCCUUGCUCACGGACAUGGAGAGCAAAGAUGGCGGGGAGGCACGGGCCGGGGAGGGGAUCUGGUGUCUCUUUAAGGGCCUCCGGCUCGACUGGUGGGUUUGGGGAAGUCGGGAGGACCAUUUGGAGACGACAGUCACAAUUCCAGCCACAGGAAGCUGGACCGUACGGGAGCCGGGCGAACAGCCCAACGUUUUUAUUCCUGCGGCGGCACCCGUGGAUUUGGAGAUCAUAUAG